ACAAAUUAGUACCGUGAGCAAGUCUCUACGGCCAGCGCGAACCACAUAAAACUUUAUUACGUAAAAAAUAAGUUUGAAAAUUAAAUAACAACUCAUAAACAAAUUUUAGUUUCCAAGAAAACCUUAUGGUUUUUGUUUUGAGUGUAUUAUUUCAAUUGCUUUGAAAACUUCGCUCGAAGGAACUGCGAACGACUUACAAUACCGAAUAAUAACUUACGCUAAAAAAUGGCGUAUUUCUUCCUAAUCGCUACAAUUGUGUUAGUAGUUGGCGUAAAUGCCGACCCAAGUAAUGAUAAUCAAAAUCCAUUUCAAGGGUUUCCGUUUGAUCAGUUUCAAAAACCUUUCCAAAACAUCCAUGUAAACAGUUUCCAGCCUUUCUUUCCUUUCCCGCUCCAUCCUAUAAUACCUUUCCCUACCAUCAAGAUACCCAGUCCAGAUGACAUUAUUGGUAAAAAGCCUAGCCCAGGAGAAUCGUUUAAUGGUGUAUUGGUACAGUCUUCCAGUGGUUACACCACAGAUGAGAACGGAAAUGUCAUCAAAAAUGGUGGUACCACUGUUUUAACUAACGACAACGGUGAAGUCAAGGAGUUUAAAGUUGGUAAAACCCCGCCGGUGAUUAAAAGCAACAUAGUUCCACCGUUUCAAAAUCCAAAGAUGCCAGUUAUGCCGUCAAUGCCAUUAUUCUUCCCGCAAAUACAUAUUACGUCAUUUAACAAUGACAACUUAAAGAGGAUUAAGCCCGGUCCAAAUCAACAUUUCGUCGGUUCCUCAUCUUCUUCGUUCACAGUCUCUAGUAAUGUCAACGGCAGAAAGAACUACGCCGGUGCCACUAAAACCAUCGUCAACAAUAAUGGCCAUGUAGACGAACAAGCUCUUAUUAUUGAAAAUAGCGUUUAAAUUAUAA